AAUACCUAAUCAACUAAUUGCAGAAAAAUGUAAUUCAAGAAAGAAUCUGUGUGUGGGGUAGGAACAUGAAUUCAAACAAAUCACAUAAGGACGGAGGCCAGGGAGAAUAAAGGAGGAUGUUACCUAACCCCUCCCCUGGAGGAGGGGACCAUGGAGGUCAGGGAGGUCAAGGAGGACCAGGAGGAGGUCAGGGGGGAAACCAGGAUUGGAAUUCAGAGGAGAGUCUCGUUAAACUAAAGGGACUGUUCAUUCCGGCGCUGCAAAAGGUGCUGACACAAGUUCAUCCUAAUCUGGCAGCCAAGGACGAAUCCCUGGAAUACGUAGAAUCCUUGAUCCUCAAACUACUCGCUAUGCUCACGUCAAAACCUGCUCCUUUAAGUGUACAGGAUGUUGAGGAGAGAGUUCGGAAAACGUUUCCAACUCCGAUAGAUAAAUGGGCACUGACCGAGGCCCAGACUGCUGUGGGCAAAGGCCGGAAGAAAUCUGAUCUUGUGUUGCCAGUUGACAAAAUUCAUGUCAUUCUUUGCAAAGAGGUUCUUCAGAAUAAACAAGAGGUUUCUCUGUACAUAGUUGCAGUACUAGAGUACAUAUCUGCUGAUAUAUUGAAACUAACUGGAAACUAUAUUAAACAAAUGCGAAGAAUGCAGAUUUCCUGUGAAGAUAUCAAGGUUGCUAUCUGUGCUGACAAGGCCCUGAUGGACAUGUUCUACCAGGAGGAGGUGAGCAGUGAGGAGCAUGGGGUCGGAUACCUCAGGAACAGACCAGCACAGACCUACGACGAGGUGGUCAAGGACCUUAUCCUCAAGGAGAAAUCAUAUCUCCGGGAUCUAAAUAUGAUCACUAAGGUGUUCAAGCAGCAGAUUCUGAAGUUUGCGAGGCCCGAGGAGAUAGACGCCAUCUUCUCCAACAUCACCGACAUCGUCGAGCUGACAGUCAAUCUGAUCAGCAGCUUAGAGGACACUCUAGAGAUGGCGGAGGAGGGGCAGGUGACCGCUGUUGGACCUUGUUUCGAGGAGUUAGCCGAAGCUGAAGAGUUUGCUGUUUACGAGAGAUUUACAAGAGAGGUUCUAAGUCCUGUAUCCAGUCAAUACCUUACUACUUUACUUAGUAAACCAGAGGUGUCAGAGAAGUUGCAGUCCUCAGGUCAUGGAUUCCGAGAAGCUGUGAAGUUUUAUUUUCCCAAACUUAUCCUUGGUCCUGUUUUACACUGCUUCCAUUACUUUAAGUAUAUUGAGCUCCUGACUAAACUAUCUCCGAACAAAGAGGAUCAGGAUAUAUUAAAACAGGUUGCAGCGAUGUUAACUCCUCUACACAACCGACUGAGUUCUGCGUGCGCAGUCAGCAAUGCGCUUGGUCCAGUCGGGGCUGGCGUGCACAAAGCGACCGAUGUCUUUCACAGGUACGGGCCUGGUCGACAAUCACGACAACAGUCGCUGGUUCGACUGAAUCAGCUACAGCAGACUAUUGCCGGGUGGGAGGGGAAGGAUAUUGUCGCUAACUCAUCUGAGAUAGUAUACGAGGGCAAACUAAAAGUUGGGACCGACCGCAAGAAGUUGAAAGAGAGAUAUGUAAUCCUAUGUGACGGAUUAUUAAUAAUAUUGUUUAUGUUGAUUAUUANCAAUAUGGAGGAGAGGAUCUCCGUGAUGCAGAGAAUACUGGAGAUCAUGAUGGUGUUACAGGGUGUUAAUAAUGAUAAUAAUAAUAAUGAUAAUAAAUAUAUCCAAUGUAUAUUGAAAUUUGACAGACAUAUAUUCGAACUCUGUCAGCGGGAUCAGCAGAGAGUUAUAUUCAAAUGUGAGAGUAUGGAGGAUAAGAACGACUGGAUGGCGGCCCUAGUGAUGCUAAAUACUAAAAGUAUGCUGGAGAGAACCCUGGAUGUUAUUCUCUCAGACGAGGAGAAUAAGCAUCCUCUCCGUCUACCUGACCCUAGUCUGUAUAGGUUUGGUGAGCUUGACUCUGCUCAUAAUAUUAUAUUUGAAGAGCGGGAGAAGAGCAGUGGAGUCCCGAUUAUUAAAGGAGCAACCCUUAUCAAACUAGUGGAGAGACUUACAUAUCAUUUAUACGCCACACCGGUAUUCAUGAAAACAUUUCUCACAACUUACAGGUCUUUUUCUACACCUAAGGAGCUGCUUGAUCUUCUUAUCGACCGAUUCAACAUCCCGGAGUUUGAUCAAUCCGACAAAUCCCGUCGAUUGCGGUUUGUCCAGGAUGAGAAACGGUUCCGGAAGGAAUAUGUUCAACCCGUUCAGUUUCGAGUGCUCAACGUGCUCAAGCACUGGGUUGAUCAACACUUUUACGAUUUCGACGAGGACAUUGAUCUCCUGCACUGCCUCACCUCCUUUCUGGACAAGAUCCAGGGCAGGUACAUGAGGAAGUGGGUGGAGAACAUCAGCAAGUUGGUGCAACGCAGGCUUGAUAACGACGAGGGACAGAAGGAUAUUCAGUUCAACUUCGACCGAUCCCCGCCACCUAUAGAAAUUCAUAUAAAAAAUCCGCAAGAAGAUUGGCCACUGAUCAUGACGUAUCAUCCCAUAGAGAUUGCUAGACAGCUUACAAUCAUAGAGUAUCAGCACUACAGGUCUGUAAAACCGAGUGAGCUGGUGGACCUGGCCUGGACAAGAGAAGACAAGGAUAAACGGUCUCCGAACCUUCUCAAGAUGGUUAGACAUACAACCAACUUUACAAGGUAUCUGGAGAAAACGAUCCUGAUCGCUGACAAUAUGGAGGAGAGGAUCUCCGUGAUGCAGAGAAUACUGGAGAUCAUGAUGGUGUUACAGGAGUAUAAUAAUUUCCACGGUGUUCUGGCGAUUACAUCCGCUCUCAAUAGCUCGGCGGUUCAUCGUCUGCUCUCAACCAAGGAUAGGAUUCCUGGAACAUAUCUCAAGGCUCUAGAGGAUGCAACUAGUCUGGUGGACGAUCAUUUUAAACUCUAUCUUGAGAAACUCCGCUCAAUUAAUCCCCCCUGUGUUCCUUUCUUUGGUCAUUAUCAGACAAACAUCCUUUUCCUAGAGGAGGGAAACCCGGAUUUUCUUCACAACUCAGAACUCAUCAACUUUUCGAAACGACGUAAGGUUGCUGAGAUCAUAAGUGAGAUUCAACAGUAUCAGAACCAACCCUAUUGUCUCCAGGACUAUCCUGACCUCAAGAUCCGUCUGGAAAACCUGGACCCAUUUCCAGGAUUUCAGGAGAAGGAAAUCACCGACUUUUUGUGGGAAAAAUCCGUGGAAAUCGAGCCACGAGCAUCAGACACGAUAAAGCGCAAAAACCCUGAACGACGAUGGCCCGGUCUUUCUCUCAAAUCCCCAGGAAUAAAACCGAAAACGUUGCCAGGGAAAAAUCCGCCAAACCCUUUGCCGAAGAUAUCGAGUGGGCACACGUCCCGGCACAGCAAGGACGAGUCACCUCUCAGUUCCCCAAACUUUGGUUCUCCUAGUCAAGUAUUUAAACAGUCUCCAGUCUCCACUCCUGUUACACCCAGCGUACAAACUUCUCCUAGAGAGGAAUUCGCCGGGUUCCGAGACGAUCCCAUCAAGAUCUCAGUCAUCCUUCCCUCAGGACCAACAGCGGCUCAUUCAAUUCCCCCAAUGCCAGUUGGGAAACCGCCGCCCCUACCUCCAAAACCUCGACAUGUUGGUGAAACGCCACCCCUCCCACCACGUGAUUCCUCUCCUCCACCUCCUUUACCGCCCCGGCAUCCACCGACCCGCUCUGUAUCUGGUUAUAUCAGCGGCAAACCGCCGCUAGAAAGUCGUAAUCCCUUAAUUGAACCGGUUUUCCCGAAACGCAAUUCAAUUAUGGACACUGCGUCCCAACCUCCGCUGAUACCCCGAAGCCGGAACGGAAUAUCUGAACCCUUAUCUCCGGCUCCUAAGUUAAUGGACUCCAACACGUCCUCGUCCUCCUCCACUCCGACCAAACACCUCCCUCCUCCUAUGGGGUUCGAUCGAAGUUCUGCUCCUGGGUCCGCGUCCUGGGACCGUCCUUAUGGUCCUAUAUCUACCGGGCCGGAGAUGGGAUCUCACUUUACCUUCGGCCAUCAUGUUCCGUCAGCUAGCAACCAAGGUGGCGUGCAGCAUUCACAAUUUCCUGCAAAUGUUUAUAUGCAACCUAGUGGACCCCUUCUACCCCUUCAAGGGGGCAGUGGCCCCCUUCUACCCCUUCAAGGGGGCGGUGGACCACUCCUUCCCCCUAGAUCAAACUCCCACAAAUCUCCACUCUUCCCACAUAGUAGUGGGGGAUCUCCCUUAUACCAGGGGGGGCAGGGGCCAUGUGCCCCCCCUCCACUCUUUCACCAGGGAGCAAGUGGGUCUCCCAGAUGAACCAAAGUAAAAUUUUUACCCUGAGAUUAGCGACUCCAUUAUGAUUUAUACUCAAUAUGUUGCUUAGACCAUUCAUUGUCUAGCUAUCAAUACAAUAUUUUGAGGUCAUGCUGUUCUAAAAAUAGAAACUAAAAAUAUGAGAUUAACCAGUUCAUUAUGUUUGUGCUCGGGUAACAUCUAUUUCUGUUUCAUGUUACGGGAUAGUUCCGGAUAUCAUUGUCUUUUCUAUCCGGGAUACUUGGCUAUCCUUGUAUCGAGGAUACUUGGCUAUCCUUGUAUCGAGGAUACUUGGCUAUCCUUGUAUCCAGGAUACUUGGCUAUGCUUGUAUACAGAAUACUUGGCUAUCCUUUUAUCCAGGAUACUUGGCAAUCCUUGUAUCCAGGAUACCUGGCUAUCCUUGUAUCCAGGAUACUUGGCUAUCCUUGUAUCCAGAAUACUUGGCUAUCCUUGUAUCCAGGAUACCUGGCAAUCCUUGUAUCCAGGAUACCUGGCUAUCCUUGUAUCCAGGAUACUUGGCUAUCCUUGUAUCCAGAAUACUUGGCUAUCCUUGUAUCCAGGAUACCUGGCAAUCCUUGUAUCCAGGAUACCUGGCUAUCCUUGUAUCCAGGAUACCUGGCUAUCCUUGUAUCCAGGAUACUUGGCUAUCCUUGUAUCCAGGAUACUUGGCUAUCCUUGUAUCCAGGAUACUUGGCAAUCCUUGUAUCCAGGAUGCUAGGCUACCCUUGUAUCCAGGAUAUCUGGCUAUCCUUGUAUCCAGGAUACCUGGCUAACUUUGUAUCCAGGUUAUCUGGCUAACCUUGUAUCCAGAAUACCUGGCUAUCCUUGUAUUCAGAAUACCUUGGUAACCUUAAAUCCAAGAUCCCUGGCUAUCUUUGUAUCCAGGAAACCUGGCAAUCCUUAUAUCCAGGAUGCUAGGCUACCCUUGUAUCCAGGAUACCUGGCUAACCUUGUAUCCAGGAUACCUCGCUAUCCUUGUAUCCAGGAUACCUGGCUAACCUUGUAUCCAGGAUAUCUGGCUAUUCUUAUAUCCAGGAUACCUGGCUAUCCUUGUAUCCAGGAUACCUGGCCAUCCUUGUAUCCAGGAUACCUGGCUAUUAUUGUAUCCAGGAUACCUGGCUAUCCUUGUAUCCAGGAUACCUGGCUAUCCUUAUAUCUAGGAUACCUGGCUUUCCUUGCAUCCAGGAUGCUAGGCUACCCUUGUAUAUUAGGAUAUCUGGCUAUCCUGUAUCCAUGAUACAUGGCUAUCCUGUAUCAAUAAUAUGGUUUGAAGGAUGUAUCCUGCCCUGGAUGGAAACAAAUAUACAAUUGUUUUCCCAAUCUCGAUAAAGGCAUUUGCUCUGGGGUUCCAUUACAAGCAUAAUAUUCGCGUAUUAAUAAACUUAUUUUUAUUCA